GGCUGGUUUGCUGCACAUGUGUCAUUAAUUGUCAAGAAUGCUGCUCAGAGUUGGCUGAUCGGAAGAUAGGCAGCGCAAAGGAACAGGAUUUGAGACAGCCCAGGGUUUCCUCUUCAAAGGAAUCAAGAUGACUGAGAAGGACGUACAGCCACAGCUGGACGAGGGGGACGAUGACCUGGACAGCAAGCUCAAUUACAAGCCACCCCCUCAGAAGUCCCUGAAGGAGCUGCAGGAGAUGGAUAAAGACGACGAGAGUCUAACCAAGUACAAGAAAACGCUGCUGGGGGAUGUUCCUGUGAUAGCGGACCCAACAGUCCCCAAUGUGACUGUUACCCGGCUUAGCCUUGUUUGUGACAGUGCACCAGGACCAAUCACCAUGGACCUUACUGGUGACCUCGAAGCCCUCAAAAAGGAAACAUUUGUGUUAAAGGAGGGUAUUGAAUAUAGGGUCAAAAUUAACUUCAAAGUGAACAAGGAUAUUGUGUCCGGCCUGAAGUAUGUUCAGCACACGUAUCGGACUGGGAUGAAAGUGGACAAAGCUACAUUCAUGGUUGGCAGCUACGGCCCCCGACCAGAGGAGUAUGAGUUCCUCACUCCAGUAGAGGAGGCUCCCAAGGGCAUGCUGGCCCGAGGCACUUACCACAACAAGUCCUUCUUCACUGAUGACGACAAGCAGGACCACCUCACCUGGGAAUGGAACCUGGCCAUUAAGAAGGAUUGGACAGAAUGAGGCAUCUGUCUAUCCCUCCCUCUACUACUUCCCCACCAGAAGAAUCCUUCCUGCCACGUCGGUCAUGUUCUCCCUCUCCCCUCCCUGUUCACAGCUGGAUCCCUUCUCUAUCACACACACACACACACACACACACACACACACACACACACACACACACACGCACACACACACAGUCUCCUCACUAAUGUGUUUUAUAUUACCCCAUCUCUUAAGGUGUUCUCUGCACAUGAGACUUAAAACCGAGGCUUUAACCCAGCUUGUUCUCUCAGACUUUCUCCUCCUCAGCAGGGCCAGAGUUCCGAAGUUCUCCAUCUCAUUUAGCAUUACUCUCUUUUCUCCCAAUCUGAGUACCGAAGGCCAGAAAAUGGGCAAGCUAUAUCAUUAAUGGCUCCCUUGCCUUCUGUUCAGAAAUUCAUCCUUGCCACUGGGUUCUUCUGGGUCAACGAAUCCCGCCAUCACCUUCCCUGCCAGUAGGGGCUCUUCUUUUGGGGGAAACACUGUAAACAAGACGUAAGGAAAAGAAUAAAAUAACUGUAUGUGUGACUGAG